UGUGCCGACGCACUGUGAGCGCACACCAGGACUCAGAUUCCCGCUCUCUUCAAACGCAUCUUCACGAGGGGACGGCUGCGCGCUCUCUCUCUGCCUCCCGUUCUCGAGCCACGAUGCUCGUGUGCGCAACGAUGAUCUCGGACUGAAAUAAUCUCAAGAAGAGCAGAAGUAGGGCAAAGUAUUACCAUUCCAAGAAAACUAAAAUUGCAUACUAGAAAAACAAACGAAGAACAAACAACAAUAAAAACAACGUAAAUAUGUCGUAUUUUUAAAUCGUUGACCAUCUCCGGAUUACUAUUUCUCAAUGAAGUCUGAGUAACACCAUAGCCUAUUGAGGGGGUUGUGUCUGUACAAUGCGUUCAGCGGCAGUCUGGAUCAACGCGAGUGGGGGAGAACGCGCCCUCUGCGAGCACACUUACGCGUGGAGUUAGAGGAUAUGGACACACCUUAGGAUGUUACAGGAGAGACCGAAGGUGAGCAGAGUGCUGUAAACCAACGCUCCUCGGUCGUGUGCGUGUGUGUGCGUGUGUGAGUGAGUGCGCCUGCAGCAUCAUGCAGCUGGCCAUCCUACCCUGAACUUCCAGAUCAUCUUAAAAUCAAGCGUCGUCUUAAAAACUCGAAUCCUUUUAUAAAAAUGGCAUUAAGUGAAACGAAGACACAAGAGCAAGGGUCAGUUGCGAACCCUCAACCGGACGUGAUCGAGCUCAACGUAGGGGGGCAGGUGUACUACACCCGUCACGCCACUCUAACCAGCAGCCCCAAUUCUUUAUUCGGCAAACUGUUCUCCAUCAAGAAGGGCUCCUCUAACGACCUGGCCCGGGACCCCAGAGGACGUUUCUUUAUUGACAGGGACGGUUUUCUAUUUCGUUAUGUGUUGGAUUACCUCCGAGACAAGCAGGUGGUCCUGCCCGACCACUUCCCCGAGAAAGGAAGGCUGAAAAGGGAGGCUGAGUAUUUUCAGCUGCCCGAAUUGGUCAAACUUUUGUCAUCGGACGAUUCCAAACUAGUGUCCGAUGACUGCAGUGAUUUUGAAGAUGGCUCGCAGGUCAGCGAGCACAGGUUCCUGUCAUCCUACUCUUUGGACCGCAGGUACGGCUACAUCACGGUUGGCUUCAGAGGGGCGUGCGCCACGGGGGGCAGGGAAAGCCAAGUAGACGCCAAAGCCAAAAAGGUGCCAAGGAUCUUUAUAAGCGGCCGCAUUGGCUUGGCCAAAGAAGUGUUUGGAGACGCCCUGAACGAGAACCGGGAUGCUGAUAGGCCACCGGACCGCUACACCUGCCGGUUCUUCCUUAGGUUCAGACAUUUGGAGAGAGCCUUCGACAUGCUGUCCGAGAACGGCUUCCACAUCGUAGCCUGCAAUUCGUCCCUCACCUCGUCCUCGAUCGGUCAUUACGCGGACGACAGGGUCUGGUCCAAUUACACACAAUACGUGUUCUACCGUGGGACUUCCCGAUGGUCAUCCUCCCACUGCGACUGCUGCUGCAAGAGCCACAAGAGCGAGCGCGAGGGCGAGAGCUGCACCUCCUUCAACGACCUCUCCACCUCCUGCUCCGAGACCCAGUCGGAGGCCAGCUCCCCCCAGGGCACGGUGAUCCGCGGGCCGGUGACCCGCCGGCCCAACGUCCAGACCCUGGACCGGCCCAUGAAGACGGGGCCGUCGCCCAUGCUGCAGCAGGCGGAGAUGCGCCGCAAGACGGAAAUGCUGCGGGUGCGAACCUUUGGCGCUCGGGACCGGGAGGCUGCCAAGAGGAAAGCCAACAAGGAGAGGAUGACUCCGGAGCAGGAGUUGGAAAAAUGCAUCCAGGACUUCCGGCGGAUCAGAAUUCCGGAUCGCUUCCCAGAAAGGAAGAAUAUGUGGCAAUCAGAGUUGCUGAGGAAAUAUAGACUCUAAUAGAGAGUGUCACAUGUGUCUGUGGGUGUAUGCGUGUGUGUGUGUGUGUGUCUGUGUCUGUGUGUGUAUUAACGUGAAGGCGAUUUCUAAACAGACACCUGUGUACGUGUGUAUGUUUGUGUGUGCUUGUGUGUGUCUGUGUGUAAUAGAGAAAGAGAGAAACACAAGGAGAAUGGGCCUGGGACACAAGAGCAAUGAGAGAGAGAGGGAGAGAGAGAGAGAGAGAGAGAGAGAGAGAGAGAGAGAGAGAGAGAGAGAGAGAGAGAGGGACAGAGAGUUGACGACAAUAUGGGACAGGGUAAGCGAAGGAAAAAGAGAAAACUAUAGACUGCGCCGUCAAAGACACCUACUGUAAUGUAAAAACAAACUUAAACAAUGGCCACUUUAUUUUGCCAGGAGGACUUUCAGAGCACAACAAAUAGGGGCCACACUCAGAGUUGUCAAUUCGUUAUGUACACACAGUGUUAUCGUGAUAUGCAAAUGUGUGAAUCAGGUUACUCCUGCUGGGGUUGAACACUUUGCCACUCCGAGAUGGCUGCACACCAAACCUAGUUUUUCACAGCAGAGCCGCGGUUCGCGAACCAGGCGCUUAAAGCUACAUCACUGGUUCAACCAACAACGCAACCUCAGGGGCAACAUUAUUAUCCACGAUUAGCUCAUCAUCGACGUCUCGAACACACGUAACACAUAAACACACAUACACGCACACACACAGCCAGAGACACACACACACACACACACACACACACACACACACACACACACACACACACACACACACACACACACAUGCAGGCACACACACAGACACACACGCACAAAACACUCUAUGUGCAAUUACCCAAUGUUGCUCUUUAACUUUUCUCAGGGUGUACUGAGAUAGUUGCAAGCAAUGACAUAUCACCACGGCCACGCAGGGCACAUUUAUAACUAGUAAGCUCUUAUAACACUCAAACUGCAUGUCAUUUCACCUCUAGUGUAAGAAAUAUCAACAACCGUUCAAUGCAUUUUCUUCUUUUCGGUGGAUUCGAUCUAGUGCAUUGAGCCUGUGGCUUCGGCCAAGUAGGGGGGCACUACCUAGCCUUCUGUUUUGCAACUGUGCUGUUUCAUUCUUGUCCCAUGCUAUCAUAAUGUGUAGGGUAGACAAUGUUGUGUAGUUAGAAUGUAUAAUGCUAAUUGAUAUUUGAUUAUCCCCCUGACUGUAAGAGAAUGAAAAGGUUGAUUAAAUUGAUUCAAAAUCUA